AUGUCUAACACGCUCCCUACUCUUCGCUGGGGAAUUAUUGGAGCUGGUUCAAUUUCUGGAAAAUUUGUUGGUGAUUUGGAAAUUGAUCGUUCUAGCUAUGCUAAAGCUAACCAUCAAAUUGUAGCCGUCGGCUCUUCAAGUGUUGAAAAAGCGGAACAGUUCAUUUUCAAAAAUCUUAGAAAGAAUAGCCCAAAAGCCUAUGGAUCUUAUUCAGAGCUUUUCAAAGAUCCCAACGUUGACAUCGUUUACAUCGGGACACCACAUCCUUUUCAUAAGCAACCCGCCUUAGAUGCUAUCAAUGCAGGCAAACAUGUUCUUUGUGAAAAACCUAUGACUCUUAAUUAUAAAGAUGCAAAAGAUUUGAUUGAUGCAGCUACUAAAAAAAAGGUUUUUCUAAUGGAAGCUGUAUGGACAAGAUUUUUUCCUAUUGUUGAAACAUUUAAAGACCUUGUUCAUAAUAAAAAGAUUGUUGGUGAUAUUCAUAGGGCAUUUAUUGAUUUUGCUAUUAAGGAUUUUGAUGAGCUUCCUUCUAAUCACAGACUCAAGGAUAUUAACCUUGGUGGUGGUGCUUUACUCGAUAUCGGUAUAUAUUCUAUUACUUGGGCUCGUCUUGGUCUUGACCCUAAUGUGGGAAAAAAAGCACUGAAAUUAAAUGUCGUAUCAAGUAGUGUUAUGGAUGCGGGAGUCGAUGCCAUUAGUUCUGCCAUAAUUACAUAUCCUGAAAUUAAAGCACAGGCAAUAUUGUCCUCAUCUUUUUGGGGAAAUACUUCCAGAGAGAUUAUUCGACUUGAAGGAAAGCUUGGCAAAAUCACUGUUUUUGGAAAAUAUGCCAGUUGCCCUACUAAAAUUAAAAUCACAUUUGAUGAUUCUGAAAAAGAGGAUAUUACAAUUGAACCUCCAAAAGAUGGUUUUGGAUAUCAUUAUGAAGCAGACGCAGUGGCUUUAGAUAUUGCUAAUGGUAAGUUGGAAGAUGAUAUUAUGCCUUUGGAUGAAACUCUUCUCAUUUUCAAAAUCAUGGAUAAGAUUAGAGAACAAUGUGGAUUAGUUUAUCCUCAAGAAAAGUAA